GAGGAAGUCUUUGGUCUCCACUCUCCAGUCUUUACAACUCAGCUAUUUUAUCUUCUGAAUUCUAUCAUCACUGGCACCAGCUACCUACCUCUCUUCGUGUGUCGACCAUUGAGCCAUUAUCAACCAGCCACCAUGGCCACCGCUGCCACCAGAUCCAACCCUCACCCUCACAUCUUGGUGUUCCCAUACCCAGCUCAAGGCCACAUGCUUGCCCUCCUGGACCUCACUCACCAACUAGCUCUCCAUGGCCUAACCAUCACCAUCUUAGUCACCCCUAAAAACCUACCUUUCCUUUCUCCUCUCCUCUCUUCUCACCCUUCUUCCAUUACUCCCCUUGUUUUCCCUUUCCCUUCUCACCCUCUCAUCCCACCAGGUGUUGAACAUGUUAAAGACGUUGGCAACUGUGGGAACCGCCUUAUCAUGGCCGCUUUAGGCAAACUUGAAGACCCUUUGUUCAACUGGUUCAACUCUCAGUCUAAUCCUCCAGUUGCCAUCAUUUCUGAUUUCUUCCUCGGUUGGACUCAACACCUAGCUACCCGCUUGCAAAUACCUAGACUUGCUUUCUUCUCUACACGAGCUUUUCUGGUUUCUGUGUUUGAUUAUAUUUGGAACAAUGUUGAAAAAGUGAAAUGUUUGAGUGAAGUUGAGUUUGGUCAUUUACCUGGUUCACCGGUUUUCAAGCAAGAACAUUUGCCAUCUUUGUUUAAGCUCUACAAAAGAUCAGAUCCUGACUGGGAGUUUGUCAAGGAUGGACUUCUUGCAAAUACAAAGAGUUGGGGUUAUGUUUUAAAUUCCUUUGAUGCUUUGGAAGGUGAAUAUGUUCAAUGGUUGAAGACACAUGUAGCUCAUGAUCGUGUUUUCAAUGUUGGACCACUAAGUUUGAUAGGCCCCGAUGUCUCGGAUAGGGGCAAUUCGGGUUCGAGUUCUGACCUGAAUGACCAAGUCAUGACUUGGCUCAAUCAAUGCCCUGAUGGUUCUGUUGUUUAUGUUUGCUUUGGGAGUCAAAAGCUGUUGAGAAAAGAACAAAUGGAAGCCUUGGCUAGUGGGCUUGAAAAGAGUGACACACGUUUUAUCUGGGUGGUGAAACCGGGUACAACCCAACAGCAUGUCGAAGGGUUUGGAGUUGUACCCGAUGGGUUCGAGCAACGAACCGCAGGUCAAGGUUUGGUGAUAAAAGGGUGGGCACCUCAGGCCUUGAUACUGAACCACAAGGCAGUGGGUGGAUUCCUGAGUCAUUGUGGGUGGAACUCGGUUUCGGAAGCGAUAGUGGGGGGAGUCAUGAUGUUGGCUUGGCCUAUGGAGGCUGACCAGUUUGUGAACGCCAGGCUUUUGGUAGAUGAUAUGGGAGUGGGUGUGAGGGUGUGUGAGGGUGCGGACUCGGUUCCUAACUCAGAUGAACUAGGCCGAGUCAUCUCCGAGGCUAUGACUGAGGGUGGAGGAAUGAAGACCAAGGCCAAAGAUCUGAAAGAUAAGGCUUUUGCAGCAGUGAGUCAUGGGGGAAGCUCUAUGAAUGAUUUGGUUAGAUUUGUGAAAGAAUUGGGUCAACUUGGAAGUUAAGCAUUCGCAGGUGAACAAAUAACAAAACAACCAUGAAGAACAUAAACAGAAGCAAGUAUGAAAAUAUGAAAGAUGGUGUCAUGUCUUACCUAGAGCAAUUAAAUCAGAAGAGAUGGUGCUUUGUUCAAGUUUCUUGAUGCUUCAUUAUCAUCCAUGUAUGCAUAUAAGUUUCUCCACCUCAAAAGCUUCAAAUUCUGCUUCUAUGGAUUUUUAGUGACAUCAAUAUUUAAGUAGUGUACUUACAGACUUUCAUACUUUGCGGCUUGAUAUUGCUCAGCUUCUGACUUGAUUCAUCUUUUGCCCCCAUUACUGGAAGAUCUAAAUGAAGAUAAUUUAUGUUGAGAUUAUUCA